AUGCUCUUCGCUCUUCCCGCGGCUCCAGCCGUUCUUACAUCCCAAUAUGUACUCAAGGUCCGCAAGAACCCGAGCGGUCGCAAGGCGCGCGUAUACCGAUUACCGGUAGCAAUGAACUCAAUCAUUGCCGUUCCCGUGCUCAUUCCGAGCCUGCGAUUGACGUGCGGGUUUAGCUUCAGCAAUACGUAUAGAUAUGGACUGCCUGCGCUCUUCCAGCUGGUGCGCGACAAUGACGCGGGAAUGGCGUACUAG